UGUGCCAACUGUCGUAAAAGCACAUGGAAGAAAAAAUUAAGUGAAGGCGGACGCUAAUAAAUAAGUCAGUGUUAUUAUUUGUUCGCUAUUAUGUAAAUAUUUAUGUCGUACAAGAAACAUAUUUAAUUCUUUAUUUCAGGGUAAAACGUCUCAGUCCGCGAGAAUCUUUGCCUUGCUUAGCUAGUCUUUACUGUAAAGCUGAGAAGCUAGUUAGCUUAGCUUGUUAGCUGCUGUAUAAAGUGUUGUGAUUGUGUGAAAAUGUGCGAAAGAACGAUAGCAAAGUACGAGGCGGAAUUUUCUACAAGAAAAGAGGAGCACAAUCAACUACUGGACGCUGUUUUCAAGAAACAUCAAGUUGUGUUACACAGAACAGACAUCCAGCAGCCCCCCCACAUUAAAGAGGAAGAGGAGGAAGUGUGGAUCACUCAGGAGGGAGAGUGUCUUCUAGGGCAGGAGGAGGAUGAUGUCACCAAGUUUCCACUGACUGUUGUCUCUAUGAAGACUGAAGAGCAUGAAGACAAACCACUUGAGUCCUCACAGCUUCAUCACAGUCCAAACAUCCAGCAGCUGAUUGGACAUCAAGAAGAAAGUGUACCUCAACCGCGGGGGGGUGGCUUCACUUUGGAGCAGGGGGAUCCACGGCCCCCCCAUUUCAAAGAGGAAGAUGAGGAGCCACACCCCCCUCGUAUUAAAGAGGAAGAGGAGGAAUGUUGGAUCACUCGGGAGGGAGAGUGUCUUCUAGGGCAGGAGGAGGCUGAUGUCACCAAGUUUCCACUGACUGUUGUCUCUGUGAAGACUGAAGAGCAUGAAGACAAACCACCUGAGUCCUCAAGUGAGGAGAAGAGAGAGGCGGAGACUCCAAGCAGCAGCUCAACACAACACAUGACAACAGAAGCUGAUGGAGACCACUGUGGAGGAUCACAAGCAGACAAGCUCUUAGCUCCACUAUCAGAUAGUGAGGACACAACGUCACACGUUAACGUGAAUAUGGAAUCACACACAAGAACACACACAGGAGAAAAAUCCUUCAGUUGCUCAGUUUGUGCCAAAGAGUUUUGUACUUACUGGGAAAUGACUCGACACAUGAGGACACACACAGGACAAAAACCUUUCAGUUGUUCAGUUUGUGGUAAACGAUUCUCUGUCACCAGUAAUAUGAAAUCCCACAUGAGAACGCACACAGGAGAAAAACCGUUCUGUUGUGCAGUUUGCGGUAAAAGAUUCUCUGACAGAAGUAACAUUCAAACACACAUGAGAACGCACACAGGAGAAAAACCUUUCGGUUGCUCUGUUUGCGGCAAAACCUUCUAUGACAGGAGUAAUAUUCAAACACACAUGAGAACUCACACAGGAGAAAAACCUUUCAGCUGUUCGGCGUGUGCCAAAAGAUUCUCCGUCAAUAGUAGCAUGCAAAGACACAUGAGAACGCACACAGGAGAAAAACCUUUCAGUUGUUCAGUGUGCGCUAAAAGAUUCUGUGACAAACGUAACAUGCAAAAACACAAGAGAACACACGCAGGAGAAUAACAUUUCCUUUUUGAAUCCACCCAAUAGCGACUAAAAGUCUAUUGAAGGGCUAAGGGUUGGAAUUGGGGGUUAAAUCACCAAAAAUGAUUCCCGGGCGCGGCACCGCUGCUGCCCACUGCUCCCCUCACCUCCCAGGGGGUGAACAAGGGGAUGGGUCAAAUGCAGAGGACAAAUUUCACCACACCUAGUGUGUGUGUGACAAUCACUGGUACUUUAACUUUAACUUUAACUUAACUCUAAAGUCUGGACUCUGGUCCAGAUUAGCCAGUCAGGACCCAGCCAGCCCACCUUAUGUUAUGAAUUGCAAAACACAAGCAAGUUUUUUUGAAGUACUAGUUUAAAAUAAACCAAUUUGUGUUUUUUCAAUGUUAAACACUUUGUUUUUAGCUAUGAUUCACAGGGAUUUUUAGAUUUUUCAAACCUAAAACUGUAACAAGAACACCAUCGUCUAGUGCAGACCUGGGCAAAUUAAGGCCCGGGGGCCACAUGCGGCCCGUUGAGCUUUUCAAUCUGGCCCGCCGGACAUUCCUAAAUAAUUGUUUUAGAUGUUUAAGACGGAAAGUGUAGCUGCCAUUAUGAUGUGCAGUGAUGUUUUCUAAUGACCGUAAGUCUUCAACUAUACUAAGUCUUUCAAUGCUUGGAAUCUGCAUGAUAUACUAGUUACUAUGGUCAUCUAAUUAGUUACUAUGGUCAUCUAAUUAAUUACUUUGGUCACUAUGAGAUAUCUCAGAUUGUAGGUGGGGUUUUUUUUUUACCCUUCGCGUUCAUAUUUCACUAUGUUUGUUGCAUUUUGGUUGUGUUUCGGUUGAUUGUAAAAUAUGUUGUCAAUAUUCAGUGUUUUAUCCUUCAUAGUUAAUAUUGUAAAUCCCACAUUCUUUAUUUUCAUGUACAUGCUGGGUGUCUCAUUCAGUAAAAAAAAAUGUAAAAUUCCAUUCCGUUUUUUAGGCGGUCUGUCAUAACGUUUUUAGCUUUCAGUCAUUAUUGUGAGGUUUUGUAUUAGUGUUCCUAAAAAUAGAUAUACCGGCCCCCAGACACACUUUUUUAUCUAAGUCUGGCCCCCCGAGUCAAAUAAUUGCCCAGGCCUGGUCUAGUGUAUGUUACCAUUCGUAGUUUAACAGAACAUAUAUAUAUAUAUUUUAUGUCUAUAUAUUUCACAAGUACUAAAUUUAUUAAAUAAAACAUACAAAAAAGUCAAAGAGAACAAACUAUUUGCAAAUUGUGUUGUUAUUAUGAUAUAAUAUUAAAGGCCUACUGAAAUGAUUUUUUUUAUUAUUUAAACGGGGAUAGCAGAUCCAUUCUAUGUGUCAUACUUGAUCAUUUCGCGAUAUUGCCAUAUUUUUGUUGAAAGGAUUUAGUAGAGAACAUCGACGAUAAAGUUUGCAACUUUUGGUCGCUGAUAAAAAAAAGCCUUGCCUGUACCGGAAGUAGCGUGACGUCACAGGUUGAAGGGCUCCUCACAUUUCCCCAUUGUUUACACCAGCAGCGAGAGCGAUUCGGACCCCAUUAAUUUGAGCGAGGAUGAAAGAUUCGUGGAUGAGGAACGUGAGAGUGAAGGACUAGAGUGCAGUGCAGGACGUAUCUUUUUUCGCUCUGACUGUAACUUAGGUACAAGGGUUCAUUGGAUUCCACACUUUCUCCUUUUUCUAUUGUGGAUCACGGAUUUGUAUUUUAAACCACCUCGGAUACUAUAUCCUCUUGAAAAUGAGAGUCGAGAACGCGAAAUGGACAUUCACAGUGACUUUUAUCUCCACGACAAUACAUCGGCGAAGCACUUUAGCUUCAGAGCUAACGUGAUAGCAUUGUGCUUAACUGCGGAUAGAAACAGAAGAAACAUGCCCCUGACUGGAAGGAUAGACAGAAGAUCAACAAUACUACUAUUACUUCUAAACCCUGGACAUGUAACCACACGUUUAAUGCUGUGCCGCCUGGCGAAGCCUAGCAAUGCUGUUGCUAACAACGCCAUUAAAGCUAACUUAGCUACGGGACCUCGACAGAGCUAUGCUAAAAACAUUAGCUCUCCACCUACGCCAGCCCUCAUCUGCUCAUCACCACCCGUGCUCACCUGCGUUCCAGCGAUCGACGGCGCAACGAAGGACUUCACCUCGAUGAUCGGUGCGGUCGGCGGCCCGGAGACGGAGGAAGUCAACCCAGACACCGGUGAGGACAGCGGCACGGCGGCGGACGGCGUUGUUGCUUUCGACGACAGCCUGGCCGCCAUCAGAGUCGGCAAGAAACAUAUAUUUCCCCAAAGUUACGUACGUUACAUGCACAUAGCGGCACGCACGUACUGGCAAGCGAUCAAAUGUUUGGAAGCCAAAGCUGUACUCACGGUAGCGCGUCUGCUAUCCAACUCAAAGUCCUCCUGGUUGUGUUGCUGCAGCCAGCCGCUAAUACACCAAUCCCACCUACAGCUUUCUUCUUUGCAGUCUUCAUUGUUCAUUAAACAAAUUGCAAAAGAUUCACCGACACAGAUGUCCAGAAUACUGUGGAAUUUUGCGAUGAAAACAGACGCUGUUUGUAUUGGGACGCAAUGGUGUCCCAAUACUUCCGCACAAUCCGUGACGUCACGCACAAACGUCAUCAUACCAAGACGUUUUCAGCCGGAUAUUUCCCGGGAAAUUUAAAACUGCACUUUAUAAGUUAACCCGGCCGUAUUGGCAUGUGUUGCAAUGUUAAGAUUUCAUCAUUGAUAUAUAAACUAUCAGACUGCGUGGUCGGUAGUAGUAGCUUUCAGUAGGCCUUUAAAAGGGAACUACAUGCUUUUUUAAAUUUUUUUAGAAUUUUGCUUAUCAUCCACAAAACUUAUGAGAGACAAGAAGAGAAAAGGUUUUUUUUUUUUUGCAUUCUAACUUGGAAAAAUUGUCUCGUUCUUGUUGGCUAGCAAAGCAGCUGACGGGAGCAAUCAAUUCUACCUCUAAAUCACUUUAAAAAUGCAUUCAAAAACCAUCAACAAUACUUAAUUUACGUUCCGUAACCUAAGCAACGAUGUUAUUGUAAGAGCGAACACUUAGGAAUUCAUUUGCUUGCAUGGCGUGCUUCAGUGUUAGCAGUAAAAGCUAACUACGGCAAGAGAUAAGCUAGCUUUUGAGUUAAGUUGGGUUUGUGUUUAUUGCGAACAUACUUUUGCGCCAACAUUUUGCACAACACUGCGACUGGACACCAAUCUGUACUGACUGAGUGUACGGUUUUUAAAAUAAAAACUGCAUUCUGAAGUAACGUUUGUUUAGUUCAUUUUCAUUCAUUUUCAUUUCCAUUUUUUUAUUCAUCUCCUUCAUUGAUGUGCGUCUUUGAUCGAUAGACAAUUAAACCUCAGAAACUAAACACACAUUUACACACCAAUGCCUGAGAAGGAGCAGGAUGAAGAAAAAUCUAAUAUUUUCCUGCCCCCUUCAACGUAAUACAAAGUCUUAUUCAAUGGAUAUCAUACAAACCAAACAAAUACAUCCAAAUAUAAUGAAAACAAACAAAAAAACACAACAAGUGCAAAAACUUCAUGAAGUACAAACCGAACAAAAAAAGUAAUAUACACCUCACGGGAUGAUACAAAACAAAUACAAAACCAGACAAAAAAACAAAUCAAAUAAUAAAUAUAAAGCAAAAUGUAAACACUUAUGGCUGUCCAUAUGAUCUUAUUGUUCUGUCUUUAUAUAUUUUUUUCAAUUGGAAUAUAUUUUUACAAUCUUUUAUCUCAUUGUAAAAAUAAUUCCAUAGUUGAACCCCCACCACUGAUAUGCACAUUUCUUUUAAAGUUGUCCUUGAAUACUGAUGUUGGAAAUGACCUUUUCUGCUAUGCUCUUCAUUCUCACAAGUGAUGACAAACA